CUCCUACUUCACUCGCCCCGAAGAACGGAGCGAGCUUUUUUUUUAAGCACGCCCCCAAGUGCCCGGCCAAAAUAAUCCGCGCACUCUGCGACGGUAGUGGUGUGCUCGACCGCGGUAUAAGAUCAAAGGCGAGCAGCGGGGGUGCUGCUCGAGGAGGAAGAAGAGGAGGGGAGCGGCUUUUGAGCCCCGAGCAUACGCCGGCCUCCCGUGGGUUCUUUAGAUCCGAUGCCAAGGCGGUGAGGGCCGCGCCACCUCUUGUUGUCGUGAGGAGGACCCGGGCCGCGGAGAAGGGGGCGUCGUGGCAAUGGCGGAGGAUGCGGGGAAGGCGGAGGCGGGGAGCUGCAGCGGCGGUGGCGGGUGCGAGGCGGUCAAGAAGCGGCCGGAGCAGAGCGUGGCGUUCCACGAGCUGUUCGGCUUCGCGGACCCGCUGGACUGGCUGCUCAUGGCGGCCGGGAGCGCGGGCGCCGUCGUGCACGGCGCCGCCAUGCCGGUCUUCUUCCUCCUCUUCGGCGAGCUCGUCAACGGCUUCGGCAAGAACCAGCACAACCUCCGACGCAUGACGGACGAGGUGUCCAAGUACUCGCUCUAUUUCGUCUACCUCGGCCUCGUCGUCUGCGCCUCGUCGUACCUGGAAAUCGCGUGCUGGAUGUACACGGGGGAGCGCCAGGUGGGCGCGCUGCGGCGGCGCUACCUGGAGGCCGUGCUGCGGCAGGACGUGGGCUUCUUCGACACCGACGCGCGCACCGGCGACGUCGUCUUCAGCGUCUCCACGGACACGCUCCUCGUCCAGGACGCCAUUGGCGAGAAGGUCGGCAACUUCAUCCACUACCUCGCGACGUUCCUGGCCGGGCUGGUCGUCGGGUUCGUCUCGGCCUGGCGGUUGGCGCUACUCAGCAUCGCCGUCAUCCCGGGCAUCGCCUUCGCCGGCGGGCUGUACGCAUACACGCUCACCGGCCUCACCUCCAAGAGCCGGGACUCGUACGCCAAUGCCGGAAUCAUAGCCGAGCAGGCUAUCGCCCAGGUGAGGACGGUCUACUCUUAUGUGGGGGAGACCAAGGCUCUGAAUUCGUACUCGGAGGCGAUUCAGAACACACUGAAGCUUGGGUACAAGGCCGGGAUGGCGAAGGGGCUUGGCAUUGGCUGCACCUAUGGAAUUGCUUGUAUGUCAUGGGCAUUGGUGUUCUGGUAUGCUGGCGUGUUCAUCCGGAAUGGCCAGACAGAUGGUGGGAAGGCCUUCACUGCAAUUUUCUCAGCAAUCGUCGGCGGACUGAGCCUGGGGCAAUCAUUUUCAAAUCUUGGAGCAUUCAGCAAAGGGAAAAUUGCGGGCUACAAGCUGCUGGAGGUGAUAAGGCAGAGGCCAACGAUAGUUCAGGACACUGCGGAUGGAAGGUGCCUCGAUGAAGUUCAUGGCAACAUAGAAUUCAAGGAAGUGGCAUUCAGCUAUCCUUCACGCCCGGAUGUCAUGAUUUUCCGUGACUUUUCUCUCUUCUUCCCCGCUGGAAAAACUGCUGCAGUUGUUGGAGGCAGUGGGUCUGGAAAGAGCACUGUUGUUGCUCUCAUUGAGCGGUUUUAUGAUCCUAAUCAGGGGCAAGUUUUGCUGGACAAUGUGGACAUCAAGACGCUGCAAUUGAAGUGGCUCAGGGAUCAGAUUGGUUUGGUGAAUCAAGAGCCGGCCCUUUUUGCAACUACAAUCCUUGAGAAUAUUCUUUAUGGCAAGCCUGAUGCCACGAUGGCUGAGGUUGAGGCUGCUGCUACUUCAGCCAAUGCCCAUAGCUUCAUUGCUCUUCUUCCUAACGGCUACAACACUCAUGUGGGUGAGAGGGGGCUGCAGCUCUCUGGUGGUCAGAAGCAACGUAUUGCCAUUGCCCGUGCAAUGCUGAAGAAUCCAAAGAUCCUGCUUCUAGAUGAGGCCACAAGUGCACUUGAUGCUGGUUCAGAGAGUAUUGUUCAAGAAGCCCUUGAUCGCUUAAUGGUUGGAAGGACCACCGUUGUGGUUGCACAUAGAUUAUCGACCAUAAGAUGUGUUGACAUGAUCGCCGUGAUCCAGCAAGGGCAAGUUGUUGAGACUGGUACUCAUGAUGAACUCCUUGCCAAGGGUAGCUCAGGAGCUUAUGCCGCUCUCAUAAGAUUUCAAGAGACAGCUAGAAACCGUGCGUGCCCAUCAACCCGCAAGUCCCGGUCAUCCCGCUUGAGCAACUCCCUGUCCACGCGGUCACUGAGCCUCAGGUCAGGAAGCUUGAGGAACCUGAGCUACUCAUACAGCACGGGCGCUGACGGCCGCAUUGAGAUGGUUUCCAACGCCGACAAUGACCGGAAGUACCCAGCACCAAGGGGUUACUUCUUCAAACUCCUUAAGCUGAAUGCACCGGAGUGGCCCUACACCAUACUGGGCGCCAUUGGGUCCAUCCUGUCUGGGUUUAUUGGACCGACAUUCGCCAUUGUGAUGAGCAACAUGAUCGAAGUGUUCUAUUACCGGAACCCCAACAAAAUGGAAAGCAAGACCAGGGAGUACGUGUUCAUUUACAUCGGCACUGGGCUGUAUGCCGUUGUCGCGUACCUCGUCCAGCACUACUUCUUCAGCAUCAUGGGCGAGAACCUGACCACCAGGGUGCGGAGGAUGAUGCUCGCCGUGAUCUUGAGGAACGAUGUGGGAUGGUUCGAUCAGGAGGAGAACAAUUCCAGCCUAGUUGCGGCUCGCCUCGCCACCGACGCUGCGGACGUGAAGUCUGCCAUCGCUGAGCGCAUAUCGGUCAUCCUGCAGAACAUGACCUCCCUCCUCGUGUCCUUCGUGGUCGGCUUCAUCAUUGAGUGGCGGGUCGCCCUCCUCAUCCUCAUCACCUUCCCACUCCUCGUGCUUGCCAACUUCGCCCAGCAACUGUCGAUGAAGGGCUUCGCGGGCGACACCGCCAAGGCGCACGCCAAGACGAGCAUGAUCGCCGGGGAGGGCGUGAGCAACAUCCGCACGGUGGCGGCGUUCAACGCGCAGGACAAGAUCCUGUCCCUCUUCUGCGGCGAGCUGCGCGUGCCGCAGAUGUACAGCCUGCGCCGCAGCCAGAUCUCCGGCGCGCUCUUCGGCCUCUCCCAGCUCUCGCUGUACGCCUCGGAGGCGCUCAUCCUCUGGUUCGGUGCGCACCUCGUCCGCACCCACGUGUCCACCUUCUCCAAGGUCAUCAAGGUGUUCGUGGUCCUGGUGAUCACGGCCAACUCCGUCGCCGAGACCGUCAGCCUCGCGCCGGAGAUCGUCCGCGGCGGGGAGUCCAUCCGCUCCGUGUUCGCCAUCCUCAACAGCCGGACGCGCAUCGACCCCGACGAGCCGGACACGGAGCAGGUGGAGUCGGUCCGCGGCGAGAUCGACUUCCGCCACGUCGACUUCGCGUACCCGACGCGCCCCGACGUGAUGGUGUUCAAGGACUUCAGCCUGAGGAUCCGGGCCGGGCAGAGCCAGGCGCUGGUCGGCGCCAGCGGGUCCGGGAAGAGCACCGUCAUUGCCCUCAUCGAGCGCUUCUACGACCCGCUCGCCGGCAAGGUGAUGAUCGACGGCAGGGACAUCCGGCGGCUCAACCUCAAGUCCCUUCGCCUCAAGAUCGGGCUGGUGCAGCAGGAACCCGUGCUGUUCGCCACCAGCAUCCUGGAGAACAUCGCCUACGGGAAGGACGGCGCGACGGAGGAGGAGGUGGUGGAGGCCGCCAAGGCGGCCAACGUGCACGGCUUCGUCAGCGCGCUCCCCGACGGGUACCGGACCCCCGUGGGCGAGCGCGGCGUGCAGCUCUCCGGCGGGCAGAAGCAGCGCAUCGCCAUCGCGCGCGCGGUGCUCAAGGACCCCGCCGUGCUGCUGCUGGACGAGGCGACCAGCGCGCUGGACGCCGAGUCCGAGUGCGUGCUGCAGGAGGCGCUGGAGCGCAUCAUGAAGGGACGCACGGCGGUGCUGGUGGCGCACCGGCUGUCCACGAUCCGGGGCGUGGACUCCAUCGCCGUCGUGCAGGACGGGCGCGUGGUGGAGCAGGGCAGCCACGGGGACCUCGUGUCCAGGCCCGACGGUGCCUACUCGAGGCUGCUGCAGCUGCAGCUACACCACGGCUGAUUUCUCUUACUGGCGUUCGAGCUCCCGGCGCGCGGCCGGUGUAGAUACUGGAAGGCGGUGUAGCGUGGGCGUGGCACUGGCCCAACCGUGGCCGGAAGACGUUAGACGUGUUUCGAUGUAAACGACGAUCAGGAAGGAUUGUGCCGACGAGUGAUGCGGGAGUUGUGCUGGCACUGCUGGCGGCUCCGGCGAUUUUAGAUCAUCCUAAUUCUCAGAUGAAAUAUUCGACCCAUUUGGAUGCGUA